GUGGAUGAGAUCAUGAUGACCCUGAAGCAAGCUUUCAGCGUGGCGGCCAUCCAGCAAAAUUUCAAAGCCCAGCUUCAAUUCUGCGACGGGUGUCCGAUGCAAAUUCUUCAUAAGCUUUGUGAAAAGAUAGAAGGGACGCAUCCUUCUAAAAUUAAGUUGGAACUGCAAAAACAUUUAACAGCACUGAAUAACCAAGAGCAAGCCUCCAUCUUUGAGGAAGUUCAGAAAAUAAGGCCAAGAAAUGAACAGAAGGAGAAUGAACUAAUCGUGUCUAUCCUGAGAAGCAUGUAUGAAGAAAAACAGAAGGAUCACGUUCACCUGGGGGACGUUAAACAGGCCACGCAAUCUUCUGUAGAAGCCCUGGGAAACGAAAUGCCGAACAACACAACUCGCUUCAAGCUUGACGUGCUCAGGAGCAAAGCCAAAAGGUCCCUUACAGAAUCCUUAGAAAAUAUUUUAUCUCGGGGAAAUAAAAGUAAGAGCCUACAGGAAACUUCCGGAAGUAUUGAUUUGGAUAGCUCCAUAUCCAGCACGCUGAGUAACAUCAGUAAAGAUACGUCUGUCGGUGACCACGAAAAUCAUUUCCCCCUGGAGAGCCCUCUAAAUCCAAAUGGAUCCAUGGACAAUCUUGACCUUCUCUCCACCAUGUCGGAAGGACCAUCUGAAGAACAUCCUGCCCAAUCGGCCUACCAGGGCUUCAGAAGGCGCGCUAACACCCUCACCCACGUUCCCUUGGAGAUGCAGGAGCCGUCUGAAUCUGCGGAAGCAUCUCUGUCUGUUUCGCAAAGAAAACUUCUGAGGUACCAUUCCAUGACCACAGAAACUCCAGACCACCAAAAGUAAGAUUAUGUUUCUGGCCGGGGAAGGGAGAGGCAGGGGGAGAAAAUGUUUGCAGUAUACGGUACACGAUCAGCAGAUCCCUUCUUGCCAACUACGUUCAGCACCUCCUACCGUUCCUCUCUCCAGCAAAAGCUUCACUCCUGCUCUUCUGUACCCAAUUUCUUAAAAUUCCUGGCUCCUGUCGAUGAGAAUGUCACUUCCGACUUUAGGAAGUCCACCAGAGAUAACAAAUCCAAGCCGAAUGAAGCAGAUUUGGUCCCCGAGACCCCGGUGAAGGCUCGAAGACAUUCUUGGAGGCAGCAGAUCUUUUUAAGAGUGGCGACACCACAAAAAGGAUGUGAUUCUUCCGGUUGGCACGAAGAUUAUUCUGAACUGGGAGAAUUGCCACCUCGAUCACCGUUGCUGCCAGUUUGUGAAGACGGUCCCUUCGGAGCCACAAAAGAAGAUAGGAAAAGGACACCCAAGGAGUUGCGGGAACUUUGGCAAAAAGCCAUUCUCCAACAGAUACUCCUCCUUAGGAUGGAAAAGGAAAACCGGAAACUGCAAGCUUCUGAAAACGAUCUACUCAAUAAGCGUCUGAAGCUUGAUUACGAAGAAAUCACCCCGUGCCUCAAAGAAGUAAUGUCGGUUUGGGAUAAAAUGCUGAACACACCAGGAAGAUCGAAGAUGAAGUUUGACAUGGACAAAAUACACGCUGCUGUUGAGAAAGGAGUUCCUCGGCAGCAACGGGGGGAGAUAUGGAAAUUUUUAGCAGAGCUGCACCAACUCAAGCACCCAUUUCCAAAUAAGCAACAGCCAAAGGACACCCCUUACAAGGAGCUCCUGAAACAGCUGACUUCCCAGCAGCAUGCAAUUCUGAUUGAUUUGGGACGCACUUUCCCGACACAUCCCUACUUCUCAGCCCAGCUUGGAGCUGGACAGCUCUCUCUCUACAAUAUCUUGAAGGCGUAUUCCCUCCUGGAUCAGGAAGUAGGCUAUUGUCAAGGCCUCAGUUUUGUGGCAGGGGUGUUGUUGCUGCACAUGAGCGAAGAAGAAGCCUUCAAGAUGCUGAAGUUCCUGAUGUUUGAUAUGGGCCUUAGGAAGCAAUAUCGACCCGACAUGACGAUUCUACAGAUCCAGAUGUAUCAGCUUUCUCGACUGCUUCAUGAUUACCACAAAGAUCUCUACAACCACUUUGAAGCCAAUGAGAUCAGCCCCAGCCUCUACGCUGCCCCUUGGUUUCUGACCGUGUUCGCUUCCCAGUUCCCCCUGGGAUUUGUCGCCCGGGUGUUUGACGUCGUACUUUUGGACCAAACGAUCGUUGACUUCAUUAAAAGUAUCCUCCCCAAUCUAGGCUUGGUACAGAUGGAAAAAACCAUUAACCAGGUAUUUGAGAUGGAUAUCUCCAAACAGCUGCAAGCUUAUGAAGUGGAAUACCAUGUGCUUCAGGACGAAUUAACAGAUUCUUCUCUCAAUGACAACCAAAGGAUGGAUAAACUGGAGAAAGCCAACAGUGGUUUACGGAAGCAAAACUUUGAUCUUCUUGAGGAGCUGCAGGUAUGGACUGCACUUUAUGCAUGACGUGUUAAACGAGACAUUGAGCGAGUAAAGAGAUACUCGUGUUUAUUUCUGCCGGAUGCAAUCAACAAUGAAUACCUUUCCCUUGGUCAAAAAUUAAUUUGAACAAAUCUUAUGGGGUAGCCA